AUGACCCUCACCUCUCGCCCUCAUCACGCCACCUUUACCCCGGCCCAAGUUUCUGGUUUCUACUUCCGUCCGUGCCGAGAUGAUCAUGAUGAGGUCAUCCUCGAGUACUUCCGUUGCCGGUGCGGCACGGUACGGAAGCAGACACGGCGUAACGGCUACAGCAAUCUCAUGCAGCACGUCCGCCGUGAGCACCCUGAUUACGAGGCCAUCAUGCUGGCCGCGUCGACGGCCGAGACUGGCUCCAUGCUAAGCUACGUACGCCAAUCGGCUUUGAACGUCUACGGCUGA